AUGACACAAACAACCAUCCCAGCCCGUCAUGGCAUUGCAACUCCCCUUAAAGCUGGUCAGACUAUCAAAGUGAUCAAUACUCAUGGAACACAAGUCAUAGACACCUGGGCAUUCGAACUCCUCCCUUCCUCAACCUCCAAAAUCUCAACCCAACUAAGCAUGCAACACACCCGCGCCACGCUCUGCCGCACUAUCCCCAAACCAGGCGACUCACUGUACAACAACAAACGCCAGCCCGUUUUGACACUGACCGAAGACACCACGUCCGGCCAUCACGACACCCUAAUCGCUGCCUGUGACGCGGAACGAUAUACCGAACUCGCUGGUGAAGAUGGGAAGGGACAUCGGAAUUGUGCUGAUAAUCUGAUUGAGGGCUUGACUGCUCUAGGUAUCGAACCACCACAAUUCACACCCUCCCCCCUGAAUCUCUUCAUGAACAUUCCCAUUCGCGCAGACGACCAGACGAGCUUAUCGUUCGAGAAACCCACAAGUAAGGAGGGGGAGUAUGUGUGUUUGAGAGCCGAGGUCGAUUGUAUAGUUGCUUUUAGCGCGUGUCCACAGGAUAUCUUGGAUAUCAACUGUGGGAAACCUGUUGAUGCUCAUUUUGAGAUAUUUUAG